GCUACGUACAAAACGACAUGAAGAUCGUAUUCGUAUUUGUUUUUUCCGCGAUUGCUGUAGUUAGUGGUUUAGAAAUCGAAAAACCGAAAAACGAGUACCUUCUAGCGAGAAAUGACGCCGAACCAGAUUGGUGGCAGACUGCAGUGUUCUAUCAAAUUUAUCCCAGAUCCUUCAAAGACAGCGACAACGAUGGGAUAGGCGAUAUAAGAGGAAUUAUCGAUAAACUUCCUCAUCUGUACGACAUGAAGGUGACUGCUGUGUGGCUAUCCCCAAUUUUCACGUCCCCCCAAGUCGACCAAGGCUACGACAUCAGCGACUACUACAGCAUAGAUCCAGACUAUGGAACUCUAGAUGAUCUUAGAGAGUUGGUAGAUAAGGCCCAUGAAUUGGAUAUCAAAAUCGUCUUGGAUUUCGUUCCUAACCACACCAGUGACCAACACGAGUGGUUCCAAGAAUCCGUGAAUAAUGCUACUGGGGAAUUUGGCGAUUAUUACGUUUGGAGGGACUGCGAGAAAGACGAGGAUGGUAUAGUCACUCCACCAAAUAACUGGCUAAGUCACUUUGGAGGUUCGGCUUGGGAGUACAAUGAGGAGAGGGACCAGUGUUAUUUACAUCAGUUUGCAGCUGCUCAGCCUGACCUGAACUUCAACAACCCCGAUGUUGUGACUGCCAUUGAGCUCGUGCUCACUUAUUGGUUGGAAUUCGGCAUAGAUGGAUUCCGUUGUGACGCUGUUGGUUACUUAUUCGAGGAUCCGGAGUUUAGAGAUGAGCCUUUGUCAAACAUUCCUGAUGUAGGAGAAGAUGAACACGACUACCUUGAUCACAUUUAUACCGCGGAUCAACCACAAACAUACGAUAUGAUAUACCAGUGGAGGGAACUCUUGGAUUCAUUUACAGAGACGAACCAAUCUGACACAAAGGUGAUGAUGACAGAGACUUACACCAGCAUAGAAAACACGUUGCUGUACUAUGGUCUUAGUAAUGGUACAAGAAAGGGUGCCCAUUUCGCAUUCAACUUCAACUUUAUCACAAAGAUAGCAAAGGGUUUUAAUGUCGAAGACCUUACAGCUUGCAUAUCAGAGUGGUUAGAUAACUUACCAAGCAUCUACACAAGCAAUUGGGUGCUUGGGAACCAUGACGUUAACAGAGUUGCCACCAGAUUCGGAACAGAAUACAUCGACGCAUUCAACAUGCUAACUGCCUUCCUUCCUGGGGUUAUGGUGACUUACAACGGAGAGGAAAUAGGCAUGGAGAACGGAGAGGUCACUUGUGAACAAGGCCACGAUCCUCGGGCCAUCAACGACUGUUCCACGUUCAAUGAAACCAGCAGAGACUUCGCACGUACUCCUUUCCACUGGGACAAUACUACCAAUGCAGGAUUCAACGACGGGGCUACGCCUUGGUUACCGGUGUCAGAGAAGUAUCUAGACGUGAAUUUGGCCGAUCAGGACGUGAGGGCGUUGUCGAGCCAUUAUAAUGUUUACAAGGAACUACUACAGUUUAGGAGUACUCUGAGCAGAAUGGAGGAUCUUGAUGAGGUGACUAUGGUGUCCCUAUCCGACAAUGUUAUUCAGAUUAUCAGGCAGAACAAAGCUUUCCACGUCAGUUUGGUGUUUAAUGUUGGAGAGGAUGAAGAAGCUGUCGAGUUUAAUCACUGGGAGGGGGAUUAUGUGGUGGCGAUUACAACUAUUGAUAGCUCUUAUAGUUCCGGGGACUUUAUUGAGAAUGGUACUUUGUUUUUAAAUCCUUAUGAGAGUAUCGUAAUUCACAACACAGUGGUGUCCGGAGGACCAAGUGCAAUUCAAGUUCUUUCUUAUUUAGUUCUGUUAUGUUCAGGGGUCACAAUGAGUUUAUUUUAAACGCUACGUAUUGGAAACUUAUGUUAUUAAACUAAAAAAAGAGUAAAAAUAAAAUUGUUUUAGUUGUAAAAAUUACAGUGAAUAAAUUAUUUAUUAAACAUU